AUGCGUGAAGCUUGUUGGACAUGCCGUAAUCGCACCAUUCAAUGCGAUCAGUCCUGCUUCCCCUGUCUGAAAUGCAAAAAGGCAGGGCUGGAGUGCCGAGACAAAAAGCCCUUGCGAUGGGUCCAAGGCGUGGCGAUCCGGGGGCGAAUGCGGGGAUAUAUGUACAAGGAGACACCUACAAAUCAUGAUGCCAUACUGCCGACAUACCUCAGAUCCAAGCGGGUCAGAAGAGGAGGCCACCAGCUUCAGCUUACGCUGCAGGACCCACGCAUGCAGAACCUGGAUCUAUCGUCGAGAUACUACAUUGACUACUACAGCCAGCGUAUUUGCAGACUGUAUAUCCUGCACGACAGCGACAGCAACCCGUUUCGCGGCUUGCUUGCUUACGCGCUUGAGGAUGCUCCCUUGCGAAAAAGUGUCAUUGCUCUUGCAGCGCGGCAUACUGCGAAUACGGGGUACUCAUUUGACCAGUCUGACAAAAACGACGUGGUGGUUCCCACUCCACAGUUGACGUAUGCUACUCUGGAUGCGCUCCGUUUCAAAACGCAGGCUAUCACGGCCUUGCGAGAGAGACUGACUCGUCAGCAUCUGGAGUUUGUUAAGACAGACACGACGAUUGCCAGCAUCUUACUUCUCAUCUUCCUUGAGCUUCUCGAGUCAGGACUGGAUGGGUGGGAUGUCCAUCUGAAAGGAGCCAGAACUUUGGUCCGCCUUUAUCAGUCCCUUAGAGGAAAGACUUACGGUAACUGCGGCUCUGGAGAUAUGGAGCAAGAAAUAAGCACGUUUAUUACCAGACAAUUUUCCUUAAUCGAAACCCUCGGCGCCUCGCUCUCGCACUUUAACCCUAUAUCUGAAGAUUUUUGCUCUACAAGCUAUAUACUCAACCCAGGAAAAGAGUCUAUUGUUCGAAGCUUCCUUGGGUGUCCAGAAUUUAUCCUAAGGUCUAUCCAGUUCUUCUCAAGCCAAAGACAGCUUGCUGCGGAGUCGCCGCACUACACAGCACACAUGCAGGACACCCUUGCGAUGCUUGAGGUAACCGGAAAUUUCAAUUCUCUAGAAUGGGCCUCGAGGCUCCAACAUCAGCAAUCAAGCCCGGCUUCUCCAUAUACAGCAGAAAUGGAAAAUUUAUAUAUGCUGGGCGAGGCGUAUAAGAUAGCUGCUUUGCUAUACGGCAGACAAGUACUUGGACCAGAGUUGGCAACUGCAGAGAGUAAUGGACUGGUCUUGCAGCUUCUGGGUCUGAUUGACGCCCUCAAAACCCAAGAUUCGCUGUUCAAGUGCCUCCUCUGGCCGACUUUCAUUGCUGGCCUUCACUGCCUGGAGCGAGACCAGCAGGGACUUGUGCAUGAUUGUUUGAAAAGGAUCUGGGAACUGACGGCUUGCCUAAAUGUCAUCAGUGCCUCUAACAUCCUGAAAGAUUGCUGGGAUCGGACCAGGUUCUCAGAAACCCAGUUUCGUUGUGUUGGGUUGGAUCGCCGCUGGCUUUUGAUAUGA